UCUGCGCUGCGGGACUAGCCGGGAGACUCUGAUUUCUCCUGCCACCUGUGCGGGCGAACUUGGAACUGGGCGCCUGGCUUGACGCCGACUCUUUUUCUCCAGCUGGAGGAGUUCCUUCCGUCUGUGUUCUGCCCUUGGAAGGAAAGAUGCCUGGGAGAGGAGUGGGGCCGCCAGAGGCGGUGCUGGGUGCGCACCACAGAGCCUCAGUUAUGUUCUUUGCAAAGUCCUGACAAGUGUUCCUGAAAUGGACACUCUGCUUCAUUUUUAAAAUUGUACUUUUAUUUGUUUUUAUUUUCAUUUUUGGGGGGCCGUGGACAUCCCUGACCUAGAAACCAAGUACAACAAUGUGGCUAGUGUAAAAAAAUAUUUUUUUUGUUUCUUAACUCCUCAUUUUCCUUUUCUUUGUAAUUGGGUGACAUAGAAGCAGCCUUUUUGCAUAAAGCUGUGCCUGACUCUCAACACCGUCUGAAUGAAUGGGACGGAGCAGUCUCGAUCAAAGGACCUGGACCAAUUUUAAAAAACGAGCCUUUUGUUUGUUGGGCUACCUUUGUCUGUAGUUGAUUUUGAUGUGAAAGAAGAUGAAAAAGGACGGCUCUUCAGGUUCCUUCAGAUUCAAGUCCAGCCCGGGUUCUCUCUCACGUGCUGUGAGUUGGAUAAAUUUCUCCUCCUUGUCCAGGCAGACAAAGAGGCUGUUCCGCAGCGAUGGGGAGCUCCCGGUUUGUGGGCAGCAGGUGGAAGCAGACGAUGAAAACUGGACCUACAGAACCCAGCCCAGAAAAGCGGUUUCCAACCUAGACGAGGAGAGCAGAUGGACAGUCCACUACACUGCUCCCUGGCACCAGCAGGAGAACGUGUUCCUGCCCAGCACGAGACCCCCCUGUGUGGAGGACCUGCACCGCCAGGCCAAGCUCAACCUCAAGUCAGUGCUGAGGGAAUGUGAUAAACUCCGGCAGGAUGGCUCCCGAAGUUCCCAGUAUUACUCCCAGGGGCCCACCUUUGCAGCUGGCUCCAGCCCACUGUGUGACGGUUAUCAGGAUGAGGAUGAAGAAGCAGAUCACGAGUGUUCCAUCUCUUCAUUGGAAGAGGAAACAUUUAGCUCCAUCAGGAGACCUAAAGCGCCGAGCUCAAGUGACUGUUCCAACCUUAAUGCUCAAACCAGCUGGGCCAAGUCACUCCCCUUGCCAACACCGGAAGAGAAGAUGCGGCAGCAGGCCCAAACGGUCCAGGCGGACGUGGUUCCUAUCAACAUAACGGGGGAGAAUUUCGAUCGCCAGGCCAGCCUUCGGCGGUCUCUAAUUUACACAGACACUCUGGUAAGACGACCGAAGAAAGUCAAAAGGAGAAAGACUAUUACAGGAGUCCCUGACAACAUACAGAAGGAGCUAGCAUCCGGCACGGGUGAGGAUGAUGUUGGUGGUCCCUCAGUGUACAACCCAGACCACUACUCUACACUGGGAAGGCUUGACAGCCAUCGGUCUGCUGGGCAGCACUGGGAAACCAGGGACUCCAGCUGUCAGACAGAGGAAGUGAGAGUCGUCCCACCUUCGAUGAGAAGGAUCAGGGCGCAGAGGGGGCAGGGCAUUGCUGCCCAGAUAGGCCACUUCUCCGGCUCCUCCGGGAACAUGUCUGUGCUGAGCGAUUCUGCCGGCAUCGUGGUCCCUUCUCGCCUCAGCCACGAGGCUGGUUUCCACAGCCUCCCACGCUCCGCAGCAAGGGCCAGUGUGCAGUCCAGCGGGCCGAGGCUGGGCGCCCUGGGCUCUGCAGGAGGCCUGGACAGCACUUUCCCCUACGAAAGGGACGACCCACAGGUGGAGGGAGACUCAGGACAUUUAGGAGGGGCCUCAAGGACUGGGACUCUUGUGAGGCCCAAAUCCCAGGAGCUGAGGCCCUUUGAGAGUAGAAACCUGACAAGCCCAGCGUGUGUGGUUUCUCCCCACGCGACCUACUCGACGAGCAUCAUCCCCAACGCCGCACUCUCCUCCUCUUCGGAGGUGAUUGCCAUUCACACUGCUCCGAGUUCAGGGCCACCGGACGGCAGAAUUACCAGCUCCUCUUCCCACACAAGGAUAAAAUCCAGGGACCACCUCCUCUCCAGGUGUGCUGGGAAAGAUGACCGUCUGUCUCCCAGUGGCAGCUGGAAUGAGGGUCACUGCACUCUCUCACAGGCCUUAGAUGCCCAUUCCUCCAGUGCGACCACACUGUUGACCCUCUGUGACUCUGCGGUCUCUCUAAAUGCCCCGGCAAAUCUGGAGAACGGGUCCCCCGGCGUGGCCUACAACCGACGGAACAAGCUGAGCUUCCCGGCGCCUGACGACGCCGACGGCAGGAGUGAGUCCAGUGACUGCGGGGGCCGCGGGCGCGGCAGUGCGGGGCCCUGGGAAUACGGCGCCCCCGGGGACGGGCGAGCAUCCUCGCCGCAGCAGCGGGCCACCACUCCGGGUUACUCCAGUCCCAUUAGCAACGUGAGCAGCUGCAGCUGGGACCAGACGUCUAACAAAGAUGAUGCCGGGUCCCUGUAUUCGGGGGACCACGAUGGCUACUACGCAUCCACGCACCCCGACUCUGGAUGCGAACCUGGGGAUCUCCGCCACAGCAGCAAUGGCUUCGGGAACCCCAGGCACAGUGUGGUCAAUGUUUUUGAAGGGAGAGCUCCCAAGAGCCAAGGGGACCGGCCACAUUACCAUGACAGAUCCCUCUCGCGAAGCAUCUCCUUGAGGAAAGCGAAGAAGCCUCCGCUGCCGCCGUCGCGGACCGACUCCCUGCGCAGGACGCCCCGCAAGGGUGCCCCAGCCCCGGGGCCGGCGCUCAAUCGGGGCCCACGGGCCUCGCCGCCGCGGGUGCUGCGGCUGGACCUCGGCGGCGGGGGCGGCGGCUCAUCCUCCCAGAGCCCCUGCAGCGACGCGGAGGAGCCGUGGCCGCCGCGCUCCCGCAGCCCCAGCACCGGCAGCGCGGCCAGCAGCGGGGCCUCGGCCACCACGCCCACCGCCUCCUCACUGGGCGGGGCCGCGCACAGCGACUCGAGCAGCAUCAGGUCCGAGGGCGCCGAGUCCUGGCCCUACUGCGCCCACGGCCCAGGCGCGCACGGGGACCUGGGGGGCGCGCAGGGGCGGCCUGGGCGCGGGGGGUGCGGGGCAGCGGGUUCCGGGGGCUCCGUCGGGGCGGUGGGGAGCCCAGCGCGCAGGGUCACCUCGCCGUCCAGUGGGUACUCUAGCCAGUCCAACACGCCCCCUGCGCUCACCCCCGUGCCGGCGCUCUUCAAGGCCGCGUUGCCGGCAGACGGCAGGGCCAGGGCCAAACCCAGGGUCCCCGAGAGGAAGUCCUCCCUGGUUUCCUCGGGGUCGCUGUCUGCGUCCUCCACGUCCCUCUCCUCCAGCACCUCGGCGGAUGGGGGUGGGGCCGCGAGGACACCGGGCUCCACGCCCCCCUUCCCUCCUCCGCCCUUCCCUCCUCUGCCCACCUCGACGGAGGCCCCUGAGGGCGCUCCUCGGCCUCAGUCUCCCCCGUUUCCCCCUCCGCCACCACACGUGCUCCUCACUUGUCCCCCCACGCCCCCUGAUCCCCUUCUUCUGGAAUCCUCUGUCCCCGCAGCGCCCCCGCCUGCCCCACCCCUCGACCCCAAGCUGCUGGAGGACGCCCGGUCUCCUUUCAGAGACUCUGGCCGGGCAGAGCCUCCCCGGGAGGCCUGCCGGCGGCUUCCCGAUCCAGAGGAGGGCAGGCUGCCCCCGCUGAUAACCCGGGAGGCUCUGCGGACGGUGCAGCUGCGGCCGGUGAGGCCGAGCCCAGGGCCCGAGGCGGCCCCGUCGUGCGGGCAGGGGCUCCGGGGAGAACUCACGCCCGCUGCUCCCCAGGACCGCGGGAAGCCAUCUGCUUCCCCGAAAUCCCGAAAUAGCACGAGAGAGAUGCAGCGCGACAGCCCGCCCGCCUGCGCCCCUGGCGCUCGUCCCACUCCCGCCGGGAGCCCGGGUGGGGGGCGCGGGGAUGCGGGGGACCCCGGGGCUGGGCCCGGCACCUCGCCCAGCAGAAAGCCACCCCCCAUUGCCAAGAAGCCCAAGCUGGUCCUCGUGGUGCCGCCCCCGCAGAGGCAGCUCCCGGCGCCCGGCCCGAGGGGAGAGGCGGGCGGCUGUGCGGCCGGGGCCGGUCUAGAGGGGACUCGCUCUCGCUGCUCGGAGUUGGAGGGGGGAGCCACGGGGUCCGUGUCCCCGCGCACCCUGGACACCGAUGUUCCCGCGGUGCAGCCUGACGCCUGGCGGGCCACCGAGCAGGAGCAGCCGGAGGGGCAGGAGGAGUCGCGCGUGGAGGACGGAGCGCACGGAGCGGGGAGCGGCCCGGCCCCGCAGGACUCGCGGCCUGGGGCGCCGCAGCCCGACGCGGCCGGUCCUUCCUCGGAGGCCUGCGACCUCCUCCAGGAAGAGGAGGGCGAUGAGGCCAUGACCCCCAGCAGACCCCGGACCACCGAGGACCUCUUCGCCGCUAUUCACAGAUCCAAGAGGAAAGUCCUUGGCCGUAAAGACUCGGAUGACGACCACUCCCAGAACCACUCCCCAUCCCCUCCGGUGACGCCCACCGGUGCUGCCCCCAGCCUGGCCUCCCCGAAGCAGGUGGGGUCGAUUCAGAGAAGCGUCCGCAAGAGCAGCACCAGCAGCGACAGCUUCAAGGCUCUGCUGCUGAAGAAGGGGAGCCGGUCAGAUGCCAGCGCCCGCAUGUCGGCCGCAGAGAUGCUCAGGAGCACAGACCCCAGGUUUCAGAGGUCAAGGUCGGAGCCUUCGCCAGAUACCCCCCAGAGCCCAUCAAGCUGCUCCCCAGGCAAGAGCAGGAGGGCCCAGGAGGAGUGGGCCAAGAACGAAGGCCUGAUGCCUCGGAGUCUGUCCUUUUCCGGCCCCAGGUACGGCCGUAGCCGGACGCCGCCCUCUGCAGCCAGCAGCAGGUACAGCGUGCGGAACCGGAUCCAGAGCAGCCCCAUGACCGUCAUCUCGGAAGGAGAAGGGGAAGCUAUGGAGCCUGCAGAUGACAGGGCUCCCUGGACCGUGGGCACUGCAAGGGGCUGUCCGCUGGACGGACUGGCAGGGGACGACAUAUUCGAGGGCAGCCUGCUCUGCGGCAGGGAGCCAGCCGCCUCCCUGCGGGCCCCGUCUCCCGGCCCUGCAGGUGGCACAGCCACUGCAGAGGGCGGGGGUCCUCUGAGGGAGGAGAGCUAGGGGCAAGGACGCAAGUCUCCGGAGAUGUGGGGGACACGCACGCGUCCCUCCAGGAGGCCUGCAGGCCCCCACCGGUCCAUGGGCCUACCCAGUGUCUGUGCUGUGGGCCCUGCGGUGGGAGGGAGGGAGAGAGGGUUGCUUAGGGCUCUUGGCAUGUCCCAUGUGGCUGAAAAGCAGGUAGAAGGUUAACUUCUAGAAGUGCUUCCUGGGGAAGAUUUUGUCUUUGCUAAAUGUGGAGUGUGUGUAGGGGUGUGUGUGCAUUUUGAAAACUUUUUACAUUAAAAAAAAUACACACACAAACAGCAUGUACAGAAAUAGAAGAAAGAGUUAAGCGGGGUAGAGGAAUGGGGUCUUCUGGAUUAGGUGGAAAUUGCUUUAAAGUGUCCUGUUUAUGGAGGUUAGUGAGUUCCAGAAGGGAGGACCAUUGCUUCUAGGUGGGGGGUAGUGGAUGUGCUGGUUCUGGGUGCACAGACAUGCACAGGUGUGCUUCCGGGGAGCCGUGUCGUGGUUCACCCAGAAAGUUGGGAAAGGGCUAAGUGACUCACUGGUUCAGGUACUUUUUUCUGGGGGAAAAAGGCUGUUUCUUUUUUGUACAAAUGGCACACAUGUGGAAGUGGCAGCGCUGUGACUCGGAGCCUGCUGCUGUGUAGCUCAGACACACAACUUUUAGCCUGAUUUUUAGAAAUGUGGGUAGUUUUUUAAUGACUUUCCCCCUUGAGUAGCAGCUGAGACCGUCCUCGAGGGCCAGAGUGAUGGCGUGCACAGGCAGAGAAGGGAGGGAGCAGAAGGGAGAGGAGUGAGUGAGACGCUGCUGGAGUGUGUUACCUGUUUAUUAAAUAAAGUUAUUUUUCAGGAUUAAAUUUAAAAACUUGCACUACAGAACUGUGGGUGGGGCUUUUCCUUUUACAACUGUUUUGUACCAGAGUUUAAACUUCCAUUUGGCAAUUUCUUAUCACUUGAAAUGUCAACAUUUGCUAACUUUUGGAUAUCCUUUUGGUUACACCAAAGAAAAAGUUAUGGCUAUUUUUCUUGGAACAGCCUACAGUUUCAUGUCCUCAUUUAGAAAGGUUUAUCAAAAUCUAUUAUAUAUUAUCUUACUUUGAAGAAAAUGCUGAAUAACUCCUGUUAGUCAAAUAAACUGAUAAAAAUUGUCAGGGCCUGGCUAUUAAUUAGCCCUAGGAAAUGAGUUUUUAGAGUAAAAAGAUUUUUUGCAUCAUUUGGUUUGUGCAUUUUUGUAUUUUUUAUAAAUAAUUGAGUUGGCUACUUACCUUCUAAUCAUCUCCAGUUAGAAUUUCAACACUUGUAGACAUGGAAGAGAAGUGUCAAGUAUUUAUUUUUAUGUCGUAUUCUUGUGCCUCCUUCCUCCAUCCCUCUCAAACACCAGUACUUAGACCCCUUUAUUUGUUGGUUAAAUAAAACAGAGUCUUGUCUUCUUCAUUAGAAGGACCUAAGAUGACAAUACUGAGAUUCUUGGCCUAAAGAGAACACAGCUGCCAAUUGUCAUCUCUUUUGGUAGGAAAAUAUCAUCUAAAAGUUGGACUGACGGGCCAAAUCUUCAUGAGAUUUAUCUCAUAAAAUUUUAGAUGCCCAUUUUAGACCUUUCUUUGAGACAAAAACAGGAAUUUAGUCUCCUUCCCUUCUCUGAAGAAGACAAAACACUUCUUUUCAUACAACCCGAUCAAGACUGACAUCUGGGCAAAAAGCCUUUUUACCAUUUGGAGCGAUUGUCUGCACAAGGGCACAAGGGUCUUUUCUACUAAACUUGGGGAAAUUGGUGUUGGCUGUUGAAGGCGAAGUCUUCUCAUAGCUACCUAGGAAAGAUUAGAAUGUACGUGGAUAUCAGAAAACUUUAACUUAAUAUAUAAAUCAUGUAUGUUGAAGGUAAGAUAAGCAACAUCAAAACUGAUUAUAAAAAUCCCCAUUUUUAAAGGGACAAAUAUAUUAGGUUUUUAAAUUUGCUUUGAAUAAAAUGAUUGUAAACAUUUGA